ACCCUCGGAGGGGGCAGGGUGAAGCUCUGUGGGUCAACCCCUUCUCCCUGCUUCACUCUAUCCGUCUCUCUUUCUGUCUCACUCUCUCCAGCGGGAAACAGAAUCUCAGACACUUUGAGCUCUCCUCACCAAUGAGCAGUCAGGCCAACGGCGGGGCGGUGGUCCCUUCAGCUCGGACCAAUCAGAAGACAUUUUUGGACGAUGUCAUUUUGACCUUCAGUUCGCCGAUGGCUUGGCUGCUGGUUGUGGCGCUGAUCCUCACGUGGUCGGGGGUCGCCAUUGUUCUGUUUGAUCUGCUGGAUUAUAAGACUCUAGCAGAGUACACAUCAUACUGUGACGACCCCGUGUGUUUAUCUUCUGGUCUCCCUCCUCCUUCCGCCAUUGCUAAGAGAGGUUUGAGGCCCAGAGGCGGUGUCCGUCCAAUCAAAUCAAGCCCGGCCGGAGUCCCUGGUGGUGUCACAGCUCAGGAGGGCAUUGAUUGGUUGGAGAUGAUAUGGACGUUUGCAGCCAGCUUGGUAGCUCCCGAUGAGGAGGAGGAAGGUAUUCACCAGCUAACUGAAACCCUCACAUCUUUCCACUCUGAGGAGCUCUGAAAGAGAGGAGCGUGGAGAGAGAGAGGACAGUACACAGAGCCUGAGAGAGGACGGGGAGGCAAAACGAGACGUGCGCGUCCGACGAGAGUGGACGAGAGAAAGUAGAGGAAUGGAAAGAGGAUGUAAAAAUAUAUCACACAAUAUAACAAAUAUUUCUUUGUCAUUAACUGGAUAAUUUGAUGAAUAAAAACUGCCAAUGUCA